AUGAGCGAAAUAACGGAACAUGUCGACAUUGAUUCAGUCAUUGCUAGACUUUUGGAAGUUCGAGGAACACGGCCGGGAAAACAAGUGCAGCUGGCCGAGCAUGAAAUACGAUACUUGUGUCAAAAGUCAAGGGACAUAUUUAUGGGCCAACCGAUUCUUCUGGACCUCGAGGCACCCUUGAAAAUCUGUGGUGACAUCCACGGACAAUACUACGAUCUACUACGGCUGUUUGAAUACGGCAAGUUCCCACCCGAGUCAAACUAUCUGUUCAUGGGGGAUUACGUGGAUCGAGGCAAACAAUCGCUGGAAACCAUCUGCCUGCUGUUAGCAUACAAAAUCAAAUAUCCACUCAACUUCUUUAUACUCAGAGGAAAUCAUGAAUGUGCAAGUAUCAACCGCAUCUAUGGUUUUUAUGACGAAUGCAAACGACGAUACAACAUUAAGCUCUGGAAAACAUUCACGGACUGCUUCAACUGUCUGCCGAUCGCUGCCAUCAUUGACGAAAAAAUCCUGACAAUGCACGGUGGCCUGUCGCCCGACCUUCAGAGUCUGGAACAGAUCCGACGGAUUAUGCGGCCGACAGACGUACCAGACACCGGACUGUUAUGCGACUUGUUAUGGUCGGAUCCAGAGAAAGACGCGGCAGGCUGGAACGAGAAUGAUCGUGGGGUCUCGUUUACGUUUGGUGCAGACAUUGUCGGCAAGUUUUUACAGAAACACGAUCUCGACUUGAUUUGUCGUGCACAUCAGGUCGUUGAGGACGGAUACGAGUUUUUUGCCAAGCGGCAGCUGGUCACAUUGUUUUCGGCUCCCAAUUAUUGUGGCGAGUUUGAUAAUGCUGGUGCCAUGAUGACUGUGGAUGAGUCUUUACUCUGCUCUUUCCAGAUUCUGAAGCCGGCAGAAAAGCGGUCUCGUGAUGCGUACAAUGGUCGUGGACGAUAUCGAAAGUGAUCAAAGUGGUUGUACAAAAAAAAGGCCAUCAGGAACG